AUGUUGCCACCCCAUUUUCUUUGUCUAGUCUUCUCUGUCAUGAACAAACCGAUUCCACAUUUUUUUUCAAAGAAGAUGAUGAACAUGAAAAUACCAUCUUCGUUAACUCAUCACAUAAUUAUCUUGAAGAUGUAGAGGAAGACGAAUAUAUUGAAUAUCUAUUCAAACAAGAAUCGGGAUUUGAAUCCUCCACCACUCAUUUCUUAUCCUACGACGACCAUGCUGAUGUUGAUGAUGAUAUAUUCUGGUUGAGAAAUGCUCGUUUGCAUGCCAUUGAUUGGAUUUUCAGUACACAAGCAAAAUUUGGAUUCACACUUCAAACAGCUUAUUUAUCAAUCACUUAUUUCGACCGUUUUCUCUCAAAACGAUCCAUUGAUGAAUCAAAACCAUGGGCUACUCAAUUAUUAUCAGUGGCAUGUUUAUCAAUAGCAGCAAAAAUGGAAGAACAAAGAGUUCCUACAUUAUCAGAAUAUCCAAUAGAGUUUCGAUUUGAGAACAAAGUUAUCAAGAACAUGGAGAUUUUGAUUUUGACUACUUUGGAAUGGAAAAUGGGAUUACCAACGCCUUUUGCUUUUUUACAUUAUUUCUUCACCAAGUUCUGCAAUCAAUAUUCAAGACCAGAAACAAUAAUCUCAAAAGCCACACAACACAUUGUAACAUUGGUCAAAGAUUUUAAUUUGAUGAAUCAACGACCAUCUAUAAUUGCUUCUGCUUCUAUAUUAGCGGCUUUUGAUUCCACAUUAACUGAGAAGGAAAUUGAUAUUCAGAUAAAGCUAGUCUCGUCAUGGGGAAAUAUAGAAAGUGAACAAGUAUUUUCAUGUUACAAUCUUAUACAAGAAAAGAAGAGAGACAAAGUUAAGAAGACACCUUCCUCGGAUUUAUUAUCAAAAGAGUCGAAUUUGACUUAUGUUGUUGAGAACAAAUCUAGUGGUUUUUCAGGAGUUAAGAGAAAGCUUGGUUAUGAGAAUAUUGAAGAUUUUCAAGAACAAAAGCUACAACGACCUUAG